CACCAUCCGUUUCUCGAGACGAAACUGUUUCGUGCAAGAAACAACGUGAUGCGUAAGUACCAUAAAAUUAUCGUAGGGUAAAGGCACCUAAUAUCGUAUAGCACGUAAUAUCGUAUAGGGCAUUAUUUCAGCAAUUAAGCGCUUCACUUUGUUAAAAAUCGAUGGAAUUAGUUCUUCAAAGUUUGCAGAGAGACAUACUUUCAGCGUCAUUCGUCGAACGCGCUCAAGACGAGAAGCGUUUUUGUCGUACAUAACCCCGUGAACAUUUCGGAAGUGUUUAAACAAGUACGUUGAGUAAAGCCAACGUAAGUGAACAAUGUGUGUACUAUACAGGUAGUCAUUAAGAUAAUAUGAACAAUGAAAUGUAACGGUUAGUUUAUUUAUCUAAACGUUGUAUAAGUCUCGAUAAAUGAUUUUAAGUUAUGGGACAUAGGCACUUAAUAUCGUAUAGGGUAAAUGCAUCUAAUAUCGUACAGUAGCACGUGCUGCUAUCUGUUAACAGCCGACGGAAUUAGUUCCCUUGUUUGGGAAAUGUACUGUACUUUGGGUUUGAGAGUUGUACUUUACGUGCCACUUGUCAGAUAGGUUAAGAAUAAGCGAAGAUAAGAAUAAGCGAAGAUGAGGUAAGAUAAGAUAAGCUAAGAUAAAGCGUACAGACAAAAACGGGACAUAAUAACCUCGUAUGCCCUUACGUAAAAUUGCGGAUAAUCACUAUUAUUGACAUAAUCUAUUAUCUAUUAUCUAUUAUCUAUUAUCUAUCAAUAUUACACUUACUGACAUAAUAUAAUCGGUGCUUGAAAUAUUGCAUUUAUCUAUAAUAUAUAAUUUAUGACCUUGGGAAUAUUCCAUUCACUUCUACAGAUGGAAAGAAACACAUAUUUGCAGAAGAAAAGAAAGUCUUGGCAAAAGGAAGACAUGAUUCAAGCUAUAAGAGCUGUUCGUUCAAAAAAAUGGGCUACCAUCGCGCUGCUAAAAUAUUUAAGGUCCCAGUAAUGACUCUUCAAAGCUAUACAGUAAGAAGAGAACUCUCUCCAACAAAACUUGUUGCAACGUCUUUGGGAAGAAAACCAGCUUUACCUCUGGGGUUAGAAGAUAAACUUGCGGCAUAUUGUGUUGAUAUCGAUAAAAGGUAUUUACUUUACAUAAUUUACUGUGAACGAUUCCCAUUCUGUUGUAUCAUCCAUCUGUAAAUACCAUCUGUAAAUACCAUCUGUAAAUAAUCACAACUUAUAUGAUUUUAGGUUUUUUGGCAUGAGAAGAAGGGAUUUGAAAACUAUGGCAUUUCUUUUAGCAUUAAAAAAUAAUGUAACACAUCCACUUAAAAAUGAAUCUGCAGGUAGAAAUUGGUUGAAGGGAUUUUUGAAACGUCACCCAAAUUUGUCGUUGAGAACUCCUCGUGCCACUUCGUAUGCAAGAGCAACAGGAUUUACAAAGGAAAAUGUGAAAUCGUUUUUUGAUAUGUACGAGCCGGAAUUUGAGAGGGUAAAGAGACAGCCACAUAGAAUUUAUAAUGUAGAUGAGACGGGAAUGUGUAUCGUUCAGCACAAAUCAGAGAAAAUCAUAACUUUGAAAGGUAAAAAAGAAGUUGCAACUAUUACAUCUGCAGAAAGAGGAAAAUUGAUAACCGUUGUGGUGUGUAUGAAUGCAAUGGGUAUGUACAUUCCACCUUUAAUAAUAUGGCCUAGAAAGAAUAUGAAAGAGGAACUGAUGGAUGGUGCUCCGGCUGGCUCUAUUUGGGCCUGCCAUCCAUCAGGUUGGAUACAAAUGGAUAUUUUCAGCAUGUGGUUUGAUCAUUUCAUCAAGCACACUGCAUCAACUGCAGAUAAUCCCGUUUUAUUGGUACUAGAUGGUCAUAGUUCUCACACAAGAAAUAUUUUGCUACUUGAGAAAGCAAAUCACGUUAGCAUAAUUUGCUUGCCUCCUCAUUCAUCUCACAAGAUGCAACCUCUUGACGUUGGAUUCAUGAGACCGCUAAGAACUUAUUAUGCCUCAGAGAUUGAAAGUUUUUUGAGAAAUGUUAAGCAAGAAGAACGUGAUCGACGAAAAGAUGUAACUACAUAUAGAAUAGCCAGAUUAUUCGGUGCAGCUUAUUGUCGUGCAGCUACAAUGGAAAUUGCAAUUAAUUCUUUUAGAAAAACUGGCCUUUAUCCCUUCAAUAACAACAUUUUCGAAGAUUAUGACUUCCCUGUUUCUACAAACGAUGCCAGAGAAUCUACUACUGGAUGCGACAAUAUACCUGCUACGAACACUGGUAAUCAAUCUAAUUUGAUGCUGCUUGCUCUUCUGCAGCUUUCCAAUCAAAUCCAGGACCAAGUUGCGUUUUGCCAACAGAUAUUAAACUUUUACCUUACCUCCAACCUUCAACAUCAAAACGCAAGGGAAGUGCAGUUAUAUUGA